AUGGUGAAACAUCUAAACCCCUCCAAGUUGCGUAAAGGCACAAAGCAUAAUAUCAACGUGCAAACCUUCAGUGGAACCAAUGUUGCUGAUAUGCGUUAUUAUGUGAAACCAGCAAUAUCAAGAUCCCCUGACUAUCUGCUCCUACAUGUUGGAACUAAUGACUUAAAGCGACAAACCCCUCAACAAAUAGCUGGGUCAAUUUCUACGCUUUGCCAGGAAAUCGUAAAGGAAUCACCAAAUACUAAGAUUGUAUUAUCGAAAGUUAUAACCAGAUCUGAUGACUCAAGCCUAGAUUCCAAAAUCAAAGAACUAAAUUGCAUACUAUCACAGGUAUGCCAUAAUAAUAAAUGGGGUGUAUUAAAUCAUACCAAUAUUACAGCAGAUCACUUGAAUCCUUAUGGUCUCCACUUAAAUAAGCAAGGAACAGCCAAGUUGGCCAAGAAUAUUAUAGAUCAUUUCAAAAACUUAAAUUGGCAAACGAACAAUCAAAAUAAUAUUACUCCCUCAGAUGAUAGUAACAUACAGAGGUUUAAUUCCAUUGAAAACGAUAAUGCCAAUAAUGCUAAUAGCCCUCUGGGUAAUGAUGUAAAUAGACAACAAUCACACGCUAGCGGCUCUCUUUUUCCUAAACUUAAAGGUUUUAAAGUAUGUCAUCUAAAUAUAGCAAGUUUGAUAAAACACUAUGAUGAGCUUUUGCUAAAUAUGCAAAACAAACUUUUUGACAUUAUAACGCUUAACGAAACUAGAUUAGAUGGUAGCGUACUAAACGGUGAAAUUGAAAUUCCUGGUUAUGAUAUUGUUAGGCGUGAUCGAAACAGAAGCGGAGGAG